CAGGCGUUAUGGGGCGCCGGCGGGGUAGGCCGCGGCUUGGCGGUCGCCUCUUGCUGUGAUUGAUUUGUCUUUGUACGCGCUUUGAAACUUACGUCGAAAGGGGCACAUUUUCUAAUCUAUGAAGCCAUGAUACAAGCUAAUCUACCAAUCUGCUCGACUGUCUUUAUGGGUUUUUUCCACACAGUAGUAAGGUAGCGGGUGAUUUGCACAUGCUGGGCGACCGUCCCGUAGGAGGAAAUGGCCAUCGGCCGCUGCGCCCCGGAGACGCUCGGCUGCGCUGUGAAUGUCGCCUGUCUGCUUACGCUCGCGCCGCCUUACAUGUUUCAUGCUGCAGCGGUGCCACGCGCCGUGCCGUAACUGCACUUACAGAGGGGCCGUGCGCGCGGGCCAGUGCAUUCCUCUGAUCCCUCCAUGCAUCCCGACUUUGUGCAAAUGUGUUAAAGAAAGAGAUCGAUGCGGCAGAGUUCGCCGAAGAAGAAUGUGGUCAGCUUCGCUGGAGUCAUCCAUAUUUAUUUACAGCUCGUGCGAAAACAAACAAGUAGUUAGUUCGUGCAUUCAUAGUUACUGUGCAUCCCAGAGUCUGGCUUGACGUACCACCAGCAUGCCACUGUUUGGAAAAUCUCACAAGAGCCCGGCGGACAUCGUCCGGACACUGAAGGAGAACAUGGCCAUCCUGGUGAAGCAGGACAAGAAGACGGAGAAGGCAUCAGAGGAGGUGUCCAAGUGUCUGGUGGCCAUGAAGGAGAUUCUCUACGGGACCAAUGACAAGGAGCCGCACACAGAGACUGUUGCCCAGCUGGCCCAAGAGCUGUACAACAGUGGCCUGCUCAUCUCCCUGGUCCAGAACCUGCAGGUGAUCGACUUUGAGGGCAAGAAGGACGUAUGUCAGAUCUUCAACAACAUCCUGAGGAGGCAGAUUGGCACCAGGAGCCCAACGGUGGAGUACUUCUGCUCCCACCAAGAGGUGCUCUUUGUCCUCCUGAAGGGGUAUGAGACACCCCAGGUAGCUCUGAACUGUGGCAUCAUGCUGAGAGAGUGCAUUCGACACGAGCCCCUAGCCAAGAUCGUCCUGCACUCGGAGCAGUUCCGGGAUUUCUUCAGCUAUGUAGAGAUGUCCACCUUCGACAUCGCCUCCGACGCCUUCGCCACCUUCAAGGACUUGCUCACGAGACACAAGGUUCUAGUAGCUGAAUAUCUAGAGCAGAACUACGAUGCUGUAUUUGCUGAUUAUGAGAAGCUCCUGCAUUCUGAGAACUACGUCACCAAGAGGCAGUCUCUCAAGCUGCUGGGGGAGCUGCUCUUGGACAGACAUAACUUCUCAGUGAUGACGCGCUACAUCAGCAAGCCAGAAAACCUGAAGCUCAUGAUGAACUUGCUGAGGGAUAAGAGCCCGAAUAUCCAGUUCGAGGCCUUCCACGUCUUCAAGGUGUUCGUCGCCAACCCCAACAAGACACAGCCCAUCGUGGACAUCCUCCUGAAGAACCAGACCAAGCUAAUCGAUUUCCUCAGCAACUUCCAGAAGGAUCGCACGGAUGACGAGCAGUUCAACGACGAGAAGACCUACCUGAUCAAACAGAUCCGGGACCUGAAAAAACCAGCCUCUUAGAUCCUGGCGGCCGUGGGCAAUUGUCUUUUUUUUUCUAUUGAGAAAGCGACAACGAGAAUAGUACCAAUAAUAAUUCUAUUUAAAAAAAAUGAAAAAAAAAGAAACGUUUUUAUUAGUUUGCUUAAAGUUUGCAAAAAAAAAGGAGAAAAAUAGUUCUCAAUCUGAAAUUCCACAUCACUUUAACGACGUUGUUUUAUCCGUAGUGUAGUACCACGUAUGGAUUUUAUUGCAAGGGUUUUCCCCCUUUUUCUUUUCAAUGCAAAUUUUCUUUUCGAGGGAGAAUCGAAGGUUACAGGAAGCCGAUCCGGAGGGUGAAGCCUUUGCAAAGAGCGGCGCUCCUAGGCGGUCCGAAUCCGGUGCGGCUCCUGUUUGUGAAUAGCUACUGUUUUCUUUCUGUCUGCGUAAAUUUGCCAACCUGGGUUUUACUAUAAGAAGGAUGUCUUUUAUGAGUUAUUUGUGAAAAGUCCAUUUUCGUCAGACGGGCUUCUUGGCGUGAAUGCGGCGGCAGUCCGACCCAGAGACCUUCCACCUGCAUUCCUAUAGUUUUCCUUUCCGAGGCGCCGCAUGGGCUUCAUUCACGCCGGAGCAGCUGCUGUGAUGACGCCUGAACCUGUGCGAUUGCGAGGAAAUUAUUAAAAACGAGAAGUGGAAAGCACUUGCGAUUAAUCUGACAGAAAAAAAACGAAUGGUUUCUGCUUAGCCUCCGAACAUUUUGGGGAACAUCGGCUGUAAGCGAAGUUCCCACAUUUCAUGCCGAUAUAAUCAGUGUUUGAGCGGUAGUUGUCUUGAUUGACAUGAUUGUGGGUGAAAGUGGAAGAAAGUGAAAUAUUGAUUUAUUUGAUUCAGUGCUACUAGUAUUACUUUAUUCCGUAUAGCUGUAUUCUAAUAUUUUAAAAUAUUUUUUAUUAUAUUUUCUUGAUAAACAGGGCUGUAUCGACUUUUUUUUUUUUUUUUAAUCGUGUGUUUUUGGUCAUGUAUAAAGGCUGAUUUUAAACCGUAGCGGGGCAUUUACAGUGGCCUGAUACUUUGUAUUUUUCAGUUGCUCCUUCUCAAGUAAAGAUAAGAGCGGAGGUUGGUAUUUUAUGCCUGGUAUUUAUACAUGUGUGAUUUGUAAUGUGAUUUAUUUAGCUUUCAUUCAUUAUUCGCAAUCGGGAGAAUUGCACUGCGGGCCUGUGAGACACCACGAGAGAUUCCUUUUGCUUUGGUGUUUUUGCUGUUUUUUUUUUUUUUCCCCUGCGUUUUGACGAGAUUUUUAGGGGGAGCUGCGGUGAAGCGAUGAACCCCUUUAAGCAGGCAACGCUGCUAUUUAAAACGAUAUUUGUAGCUGAAAAUUGAACAGAAAAUUUCUUGAAAUCGAGGUUACUCCGGACCAGGGACAUGUUUCCUCAUCUGCUUCCAUAUAAGAGAAAUUAUGAAUAUAUUUGGAAUUAGAUUUCAGUAAGAACUGUGAGACCAAGCUCGAUCGUUCAUAUAAAAACGAAGAACGGCAAACUUUGAAAUCCAUUUGGCACCGUAAAGCUUUGUUCAUUUCCCGAAAAGGGUGCACUGUAUGGGGUGGUGGGAUUUGGCACUAUGCCCAUCAAUAUAUGCAGCGAAACCACGUCGAAGCACGAGCGACAAAAAUGACCGAUCGUAACCCGAGGCAGAUUAUUCGGCAACCGCCGCAGCACUGAGCAAGUCCUCUGUUUGGCACCAUCGGAAGCGACAGGUAAUUGCCCGUUUUGGGCAGGGAAUGUAAUGAUGAGACAAUUGUACGAGGAGGUUGUACGAUUCCCCUCGAUGCUACUGUAGUAUAUCACCCACAAAGGAAAAUAAAGGAUAAAUUCUCCAAA